CUCCUGGAUCGUAGAGUGCUUCUGAUUUUUGCUAUUUGGAUCUACGAGUGUGCUAAACACUGGGUGAGCUUGUUACUUAAAAGCAAGUUGGAAAAUUCCUGGAUGGACUAACAACCUUUAUUCCUUCAAUGGAUGUCGGACAAGUGGUGGCAUCUGCAAAGCCCAAAAAGGAAAGCCUGGCCUUAUAGGGAGAGCCUUGUGCAGUGACACAAUGGCUCUAAUAUAACGUGUCGCUUGAUCUGGAGUUGAAGGCAAAGGAACAAAGGAACUCCCAAGUGACUCUUUUGAAGACCAAAUAGAACUAAGAAACCAUCAAAGCCAUAUCACCAUGGACAAAUUCAAGGCUGCUAUGCUGCUUGCAGGGGUUGGGGAUGCUCUGGGCUAUAGAAAUUUCACACAGGAAAACAAUGCUUUAGGUGCAAAGAUCCAAGGAGAACUGAAGGAAAUUGGAGGACUCGAGAACCUGGUCAUGUCCCCUGACAAAUGGCCAGUAAGUGACAAUACUAUUAUGCAUAUGGCUACAGCAGAAGCUCUCAUCACAGAUUACUGGUGCUUAGAAGACCUGUAUCGGGAACUUGUAAAACGCUAUGUUGAUAUAAUUGAGAAACUUCCUGGAAGACGAACUGACCCUUCUACAAUUGAAGGCUGCUCACAACUGAAGCCAGAUAACUAUCUCCUAGCUUGGCACACACCCUUUAAUGAGAAAGGUUCAGGAUUUGGAGCCGCCACAAAAGCCAUGUGCUUGGGGAUGAAAUACUGGAAGCCUGAUAGACUGGAAUCUCUCAUUGAAGUGAGCAUUGAAGUUGGACGCAUGACUCACAAUCAUCCUACAGGGUUUUUGGGAUCACUGUGCACAGCUCUCUUUGUUUCAUAUGCAAUACAAGGAAAGCCACUGGUCCAAUGGGGAAGAGAAAUGAUGAAGGUUGUCCCAAUGGCUGAAGACUAUUGCAAAAAGACCAUUCGGCACAUGGCAGAAUAUCAGGAGCAUUGGUUUUACUUUGAAGCAAAGUGGCAGUUUUAUUUGGAGGAGAGAGAAAUUAAUGAAGAUAACCAGAAUAAACCUUGCUUUCCUGACAACUAUGAUGCAGAGGAAAGAGAAAAGACUUACAGGAGAUGGAGUUCAGAAGGUCGUGGAGGAAGGAGAGGUCAUGAUGCUCCAAUGAUUGCAUAUGAUGCUCUCUUGGGAUGUGGUACUGACUGGACAGAGCUCUGCAACCGAGCCAUGUUCCACGGGGGCGAGAGUGGUGCGACUGGAACUAUUGCUGGCUGUUUGUACGGAUUGCUUUAUGGCCUCAAUAAAGUUCCCAAAGGCUUGUACCAGGAUCUGGAACAACGGGAGAGGCUAGAACACCUGGGAGAGACUAUUUUUCGACUAUCUUCAGAGGAAAACAGAAGAAGGGAUGCAAAAUUGGGCAGUGACCAAGUGCAGAUUGAUCCCAUGGCACUGAAGAAGAAGCUCGACAAGAUGUCAACAGAACUUGGUGCAUUUGCAGUCCUCAGCAGCCUUCUGGAAUACCUCACAGACCUGAUCUCCAGCCAGCCACAAAAUGAGAGCAAGAAAGCCAAGUGGAAGGAAAGCCUGGCAAACAAGAUGAACGCAAAGAAGGAAUUUCAGAUUCCUCCACGCAGUAGCACCCGACCCACAAAAUUCCAACUUCUGCAGUCAAGGUUCCUGAACAGCAAUCGUGAGCCUUAUCGGAAGAGGUCGAGAGAUGUUGGCAAGCUAUGCAUUAAAGAAAAGCAGACUGCAGGUAGAAACGGGCUAAACUCUAUUGCGAGCAAGCUAGACAAAAACUCAGAAGAGGAAAGUCCGAGAAUAAUACUCCAAGACAAAGCCAAAUGGGUCAGCUGUUGCGGAAAAAAUACUGUGAAGAAUGUUCUGAAAAAAUUCUUAGCUAUCGAGGAAAAAGCAGCCAAGGAAAAAGCAGCUAAGGAGAAGCAGCCAACACCAAAAAAGAAAGCACCAAACAAUAGCCUCCCCAAAAUAAUCAAUAAGAACUCUGUCUUGUCCAUACUGAAAGAGAAAUUUGAACAAACUAGUAAUGUUUGUUCUGCUAUUGAUGUGAAAGCUUUCCUUCCAGGCAAGGGUGAAAAAAAGAACAAAAUCAGGCCAGAGGAAAAAAAGAUUUGCAACGCUGAAGUCAGAGUGCUGGAGAUGGACCUGAGGACAGCCACAAAUAUACAUGGUCUUCAGCCUCAGCAUUUGGUGUGUACAACUGUCCCAGUGCCUAAAUUCUGCAUUGCUACUGAAAUUAGCCACCCUUGGAGCUGGGCAACAAAUGGCAAGUCUACUGUUCAGCUUUCUGAUCAUAAACCUGAAGGGGAAGGAACAAAAAAGCCCCAGAAUAAACAUGAUGUUCAACUUGAUGAGAACAAGAUACCAAAGAGCUUGGUACAGGAGGGACAUCAAAAAGGACAGUUGCAAAACAAGAGUCAUGAAAUCCCUAUGGCUGCGACUGACAAAAAGGUCAUAGUUGAGGUUGAUGCAAUGUCUCCUAGGCCAGGUAAUCUAGACAGUGUUCCAGUUUCACAAGAAAGUGUGUCCAUUGUAGGCCUCAUUCCCUCAUUACCUAAAACCAGUCUAGACCACAAAGAGAUUAUUCUGCCAAUUGCCGACAAUACAUUCUCUAGCUUUAGGGAUGAAAAUAAAUCACAAACUGUUAGCAAUGAUAGUGUCCCUACUACCUGCUCCUCAUCUUGCCCAACCGGAGUAAGUGCACACCAAGAAAUUGAAGGGUAUGAGAUUCUUGACAUAUCUGAGGGCACAUGUAAGCCAAAGGAGACAGAAAUAGAAUUAACAGAACCCAAUAAAGAUCUCCCCCUUGCUGGCCAAAAAUGCUUCCCUGAAGAGAAAGUGAUGGAAAAUAUUCCACCAUUUCAGUCUCCUGGUGCACAGGCAUCAUGUAACAUAGAGUCUCCAGCCAUUGACCUGCAACCAAGCAUUGAACCUGCAGCUGUUGACAAAAUGCCUCAACUAAAGCCAAGUCAGGAGACUGUGAAGGCUCCAAAGAGCAAGUGUUCUGAUACAAUUCAGAACAAAGAAAAACAGUCUGAUAUGGGAGAAAUAUCUUUAAAGGCUCCCAAAGGUGAACAUGCAAAGCAAGCAAAGCAAGAGAAGCCAAAGGCAGUAAAAAGUCAAAGAAAGUUGCCUGACCAAAGUGAGCCUUUUCCCCAGAAGCCAAAGAGCCAACAAAGUAACCAUGAUAAUUACAGCCAAAAAAUAUCAAAACAGACUGCGAAUCGGGCAGGCCAAACUCCCAUGUCUAAUGAUAGUCAGAAAUACAAUAAUGAUGAAAAGAACAAGCUUGAAAAACAUCCUUCCUCUGCUGUUUUAGAAAAAUCAAGUUGUAUUACAACAGCAGAGAAUACUGAUACAGAUAAGUUAUGCUCAGUUAAUGCAGUAACAAAUCCAGAGCCCACUAAUGAGAAAGAAAAAAUUUCUGUGAAUCACUUAGAGUCUUCCAGAAGCCUCUUAAAAGAACUUAUCAGCCACGAAGCCCAUGAACCAGUAGAAAUUCCUGGACCUUUUUCAGAACAAUGUAAUUCAUCCUCAUUGGACCAUUUAGUCAAACCAGAGAAUAAUAUUGCAGAAGUCAAUAGACCUUACUGUGGUGUUGGAAACCUCCAAACACCUUUACGCAAGGAACUGUCAAAAAAUGAAAGCAGUAUUCAGGAGGACAAGGUAGCAGAACAUAGUUCUGAGAAACAUCACCCAUCUUCUCUGAGUGAAAAGCAAAAGGUUAAGGACACCCCUGGACAAGAACAAAAAACAACAUGCAAUUUGCACAAUGAUUUAAUCAAGAACAAAAAGAAGACUGAAGAAAACAAGAACAUCUUGCCAAAGUUACAUGAAAAUAAGUAUCAACCAACCCCAACAAGGGAGCUAAAGAGAAAUGAAAUCAGUCCUGCAGGAGAAACAAACUCCAUUCCCAAUGUGUACAAACAAGAAAUGACCAUGCCAAAUAAAACAGGGGAGCAAGAAAACACCCAAGUGAUGGUAAAAGAAGAGAAAUCUGGAAAAAGCAGUUUCCCUUCCCAAAAUAAAACAAUCCUACUGGAAAGCAGUGCUGCAAGAAAACAAAAUGCAUCAGAGGGAGUCCAAUGCCUAAAGAAACUAGCUGUCAACAGAAGGGGACAAAAGGACAAGAGGACAGAAGAAAAAACUACUCUGUUGGAAAUUAAGAAAGCAGUGCAAAACUCCAAGGAACCUGAGAAUUCAAUAAAGAGUGACCUUUCAAAGGAUGGUGGAGGAAAAACAGAAAAAAAUAUUACUGAGACACAAGGCAUAACUCCACCAAAACAUAAAGCUACCUGUCCAGAAUUGUUGCAUUCCUCAGAUGACUCAACACAUCAAACUUCAUCAAGAAAUUUAGUUAAACAUGAUGUUGAUGAUGGUGGCGGCGGUGUUACAUCAAGAAACAAGAUCACUAUGAAAGACCAACACUCUUCAUGCAUGGAACCAAUGAAAAAUGGUACUAAUGCUGAAGGGAAAAAUGCCCAGGAUGUGCUUCAACAUGACAGCAAACCACCUUCUUUACCAUCUGAUGAUAAAGUGAAGCCUGGAAUUAAAAUAAGGAAGGCAAUGGAGAAGAGAUGUACUUCAGGACAAAACAUAUUAGCUUUAAAAAAUGAAACUCUGAAGAGUAAAAGGAAUACUGAAAGGGAAGGGAACACUUUGGGCCAUUUGAAGAAAGAGAAAGUACCACCAUCAAAAGAACAGAAUACUAAGCCGAUGAAUCUUCCAGUAGGAAAGACUCAGAAACCAUCCUCAAAUGAUUCUAGGAACCUCAAAGUUACUGCUCAGGAUGAGAGGCAAGCACCGUGGGACAUCAAGAAGGGCCAGUUACCAUUAUCGGAUAUAAAACCAAAGAGUCAUCAAAGUAAUUUCACAGCAGAGAAACAGCAACAGCAACCCCAUGCAUCAGUUAAUUGUGACAAGCCUAAACCAAGUAUUAGAGAUGGAAAACAUACAUGCCAUAAUUCUGAGAAAUAUCUCCCAUCUUCCUCAGAUGACCUAGAAAAGCAUGAAAGGAAUGGUAGCAAGAAGACUGGCUCCUCAAAGAAUGUUGACAUACAGAGAGCGUCUCAGCAGAGUCAGGACAGAACGCAGCAGAGGGAAAAAACAGCCUGUGAGACAGAUGCAGCAGGCGUCCGCUUAUCCUCUUCCUAUGAGACCCAUCCUAUGGAACAAAGGAAAACAGGGCAUAGUGCUGGCAAGUACAAAAUACUACCAGCACACAAUUUAUCAGGGCCAGAAUGUGAACAGAAUAAAAAAGAUGAGACUGGUGUAGUAAAGGAGGACAAAGCUAGAUUAGUAAGCCUAGAAAAAUACAAAGCAGAGAGUUAUAGUGAAGGACCAAUAAGUUCAUCUUCUUUUAAACCGAUGGUUAUUCGAGCAAUUGACACAAUUAUGCUUGAUAACUAAUUUUUUAUUUUUUACUGAAACAGAGACCUGGAUUUAUCAUCUUUCAGCUACGUCUUCACUUCAGACAUUAAAAUCACACUGACGUUUUUAGUCGUCAUUAAAUUUAAUGUCACCUGAAAGCUCUAGGCCACAACAUAGUAACCAAGAGCACUCAUGAGGCUAUGCUUCACAUGUGAGAUAUCUUAAAUGUUGUAACUAUGAGAUGAAUGUGUGCAAAGACUGGGUGUAUACAUGCAGCAGAAUGAAGCAGUGGCAAGGAUUAAACCUUUCAGACUGGCUAUAAAAUUGAUGGAAAUAACAUUUCUGAAUACUUCAUUAAAAGAAAAUCAGACCAGGUUGGAACUUUUCUUCCAGGUAUGCUAGCAUUCUUCAUGUCAUAUAACUUCAAAUUGAUGCCAAUUUAUGGGUAUCACCUCAGCUUGCUGCUAUCUCAUCUGGUUAUGUGUGUAUACAACUAAGGCUUCAUCCACAUGGGCCCAUUAAUCUAGAACCUGUCCAGAGGCAGAUACAAAUCCUAUCGUGAUUGGAAUCAAGCAAGACCAGCUGGGCCACAUCCAUCACCAUUGCCAUCCAUGUCACCAUCACCAUCCCAUGUGGACAGCAAACCAGUUCAAAUUGGACUCAGUCCUGUUGUUGACACUAUGCCAUGGAAUUUUUCAAGAGUUUCAGCCAAAGUCUGAAGCAUCUCCCAAGUUUUCUAAACAAGGGGCUAAACUGGGUUAGCAUGAUUAAUCCCAUGAUAACAACCAGAAAUUGCAGAAUGUUAUGGGAACAGCUAGGAGUGACUUCAGCUAGGAGUGAAUAAGGGUUAUUACACAUGUGUAAAUGAGCCCUAAGUCUAUUUAACUAAAAUGAAAGUAGCCAAGAGUCCUCUGGUACCUUGAAGCCUAUACAUAUGUCCUUUCCUUUGUACAAACUACAGUAGCCCAAGUGGAUCUAUUCAAUAGGAUUGACUCACCAUCCUACAAUUAAUUCAAUGGGCUUACUCUAAUUGGAACUAUAGCUUCUGGCAGCCAGCUUUUGGCUAUAAAAUUUUGAGUUAGCCAAUGUGAAUCUGCAGGAAAGUUUUUAAUAUCUUGUAAAUUACAAACACUCACAUCCUUUAAAAACCUCAUUACCACCAAAGUUUCUUUGCCAAAGGCCGAAGUUAGUAUAAAAUUAAGUUGAGCCUUCUAGGUCUAAUCUAUAUUUGCUCCUUAGGGGAAAAAAUGCUAUUGUUGAUCUUCUAUUAAUUCCUCCAAACCCUGUUACUUUUACAUAAGCUGUAUGGACAUUUUAAUCUUGCCAUGUAUGUAUUGUGUUUGUUUAGCAAAUGUUUUUUAUUGAAACUAAGCUGUGAAAAUAGUGGUGUGGAUAAUGUGGAGAAGGUAAGCCUAUGAAAGUCGUGAGGGAGACAAUCAAAGAAAAUAUUUUCAUACUACAAAAUAUCAUAAACCCAAAUCAUGUUUUCAUUUUGUCAUCAGGGGCUUUUAGAGCAUGACGAAUCAUAUUGCAUAUGAGGUAUUUUAUAUCAGGAGUAAUUUCAACAGUAGAAAUAAAGAAUGCCUUAUUGUACAGGAUGGUAUGGCAAUAGCCUGAAUGAUCAUUUGUUAUACAAGUGUUUUAUCACAGAUGUGAUUUAAGAUCAACUAUCUUUCACUUGGGUUCUUUUUCCGCAAGUGUUUUACCUGGUUGUAUGACUUUAUAGUUUUAUUUUGGGCAGAUUUUCCCUCACCAGUAAUUUUACAUACUACUAAUUCUGAAUAUAAGGAGCAUUUUACAGUAAUACCAAAUGCAAUACUAUUUUCAGAAAUGUUAAGGAAAUACAGACAGUUGUGGUCUUUGUACCGGAAUGCAAAAGAAAACAUCCAAUUUUUUAUCAUGUCGGAAGCGACUUGAGAACAUACUGCAAUCACUUUUGGUGUGAGAGAAUUAGCCAUCUACAGAAAUGUUGCCCAGGGGACGCCCAGAUAUGUUGCUGGGAAACUUCUCUCAGGUCCCCACAAGCUAGAGCUGACAGAUGGGAGCUCACCCCACCUUGCGAAUUCGAACCAGCAACUUUCAGGUCAGCAACCCAACCUUCAGGUCAGCCACCGCCGCUCUGUAAACAUCCAAUUUAUGACUAGGAAUUCAAUAGGUAAUAAAGACUACAUCUUUUCAGCCUCUCUUUCUUCCAGCUUAUUUUGGUUACAAAAGAGAGAAAGUCUAUCCUAGGAGCAGAUAUGGGCCCAGUUUUGCACAAGCACUCCUGAAAUGCGAGCACAUCAGAAGAAUGUAAAUCCAAGGUCAAGAUUACAGCAACAGAAUUUUGUUCUACAAAAUGAAAGGUGAUACUACUCAAUAAACAACCAGAGCUUUGUGAACUCCCCUAAGGGAAGGUGACUUUGAGAACCAAACAAAACAUUAGCCACCACUGGCUGAAGUUUGGGAAAAUAUAUUUUGCCAACCUUGAGAAGGUUCUGUUUGUAUCCUCCUUUAUUUUAUAGUUACAGAACUGAUGUUUACCAGUCCAGCUUUUCUUUUAAAAGAACACAGAUAGUUUGUAUAUCUGCUAUCAUGUUUAAUAUAGUAAGUAUACCAGAUUUCAUAGUGAAAACCCGAAUCCUAGGGUCAGCUGCUGGAGAUGACAGAAGGUGCGUGGCUUGGUGGUUGUAAGCAUCCUCAUUUAACAUCGGCCACACUGAAAGCUUUUCAUUCAAAUAAAAACCAGACAAAUCACAAAGUCUAACUGAUGAGACAAAGAAGAGAGAGGAGAAGGUUUUUGGAGGCUCUACAGCAGCUUUUAAAAAGCAGACUGCAGCAGCGGGAGCCAGCAGCUCACAAGGAGAAAAUAAUCAAAAUGUAUUUCCAAGGCAGUGCUCUUGCCUUGAGAUUCCUUCUCUUAUCCUGUAGCCUAGAGAAAACGAAAAGAAUCCCAUCCUAAGAUCUGGGAAAUCCUAGUCAUCCCUAUUACCCAAUCCAAUAUAUCCCAGAAGCUAUAGAAUGCAGUUUAACACACCACUAACUGCCAUGGCUCAAUGUUAUGAAAUCAUUGCAGCUGUAAUUUUACAAAGCUUUUGACCUUCUCUGCCAAAGACUGCAGAUGCUUCACCAAACUACAAAUCCUAGGAUCCCAUUGCACUGAGCCAUGGCAUUUAAAGUAAUGUCAAACUGCAUUCAUUCUACAGUGUAGAUGCACCUUCGGUAGUCUGAUUUUGUGAGUCCCAGAUUUAUUGCCCCAAGGUACUUAUAUAUUCAUUUACACAUCGUUCAUCUUAUACGUUGUGUAUGCAUUCUUGACUACUUGCAAUUUAAGGCAUUCUCCAGGAACAGUUAAGCACUCCUACUAAUUUGUUAUUCAUGUGCAUCAUUUUCCUACUGAAAUCAUUGGGUUAAACAUUAUUUAAUUCUCUGUCUUCUUUAAUAAAACUGGAGUGAAAUCUUAAUAUGUUUAUUCAAUAUGUUGUUAAUGAACAGCAAGAUCUACCUGUAUCAUUUAUUGUUACACAAGUUCAGCUAUGACCCAGCCUGUCUUAAUAUAAAGUUUGUGUGUAUCUUAUAGUAUAGUAUAUAAACUUAACCACUUCUAACUCAGAAAUAUAUCUCACUGUUUAUAAUAAAACUUAUUUCCAGAUGAGUAAAUCCUUAGACCUAGGCCACCUUAAUGGAUAUUAAGUAAAAUCCAUUAAACUCGGUGGAACUUAUAAAAAGUAUGUUUAGCUCUGUUUCUUACUAUUAUAAUAACAGUAGCAUAAACUACUAUUACUACUACUAUAAUAAUGUAAUGUUCAUGCACCAUAACACGCUAGGACAAUCAUAUACAUUUGAUAUUUCCCAGGUAAAGUUUUCUGGAAGUUCUCAUAGAUUUGCAAUAAUGGUGUGUUAAUUGAUAACAUAAUAACCUAUAUUUCAAAGUCUCUCAAAAGAUUUUCGGAGCCCCCAGGUGAUGCAGCAGGUCAAACCGCUGAGCUGCUGAACUUGCUGACCAAAAGGUCAGCGGUUCGAAUCUGGGGAGGGGGUGAGCUCCCACAGUUAGGCCCGGCUUUUGCCAACCUAGCAGUUCAAAAACAUGCAAAUCUGAGAUCAAGAUGUACAGCUCCAGCAGAAAGGUAACGGCGCUCCAUCCAGUCAUGCUGGCCACAUGACUUUGGAGAUGUCUACAGACAACGCCAGCUCUUCGGCUUAGAAAUGGAGAUAAGAGCCAACCCCUAGAGUUAGACAUAUCUAGACUUAAUGUUGGGAAAAUCUUUACCUUUACUUAAAAAGGUUUCCAGACACCAAUGCAAGGUUUUUCAACAAGUACAGUCAUCCCUCCACAUUCGCUGGUGCUAGGGGACUCCCUAUAAUAGUAAAAAACAAACAAACAAACAUAAUACAAUUAAUAUUUAUUUUACCUGAGAGAAAACUUCUCUAGUAAUAUUUAGUUUCUCCAGCAUGGCUUUAUGGUUAGUUUUCUCAGAUCGUACUGGAAAACAUAGAGAGGUUUUACUUCUAGACUUUCCAUUGCAUUCUAUGGCAGAAGCUGACCAUAAAAACACACUGGAAGAUCCAAAGACUUCUAGAGAUAACAUUUAAAUCAAAUCUGUGAAUAAUAAAUUCCACAAAAGUCUAAUGUGUAAAUGUUAGUGGCUGACUGUACUAUAUGCUGCAGUGUGUUGGAUGGGGGUGGACGAAGUUUGAAUUAAUAUUGAAUAUUGAAUCACAUACCAUUGUAGGAUACUUUGAGAAACUAAGUGGAGGUUACCACCCGUUAUAAUUUAUUGAGUCUUAAUUUGCAAGUGGAAUAUCAUCUUUGAUACUUCUUGUUGGGAGGAUUGUUUUUAUAUUUAACUCUGAUUUAAAAGCAGAGAAGAAUGGACUGGCGUUCAGGUGUUGACUAAUCUCAAUGUGGCAAAAGGCAAUCGGAGGUACUGCCUAUGAAGAUCAACUGCAGUAGAGAAAUCUCAAAACGGAAUCUGACAUGGACUUUUCAGUAUGAAUACAUUUUGUAUAUGGCUUCAUGUAUUAUAGUUCACUGUUGUACAUUUUUUCACAGAAAUUGUUGCAUACUUUUGAAUGAGAUGAGACAUCUUUGUAAUUUGUCAUGUAACACCAUCAUUUCUCAUCAUAUUGUACUGUAUCUUGCAUUUUAUAUAUUGUCCUAAAAUAUGUAUGUUGCUUUGGGUUUAUUUAUUAUUUGUAUUACAUAAGUUAUUUGAUUCCCACUUCUCUCUGGGUAUGCCAGCAAAAUAAUAAACAGGAGAUAAUUUCCAGCA